AUGGUCCAGGAGAACCAGUCGGUCAGCAGCCAUGUGGCAUUGUGUUUGAACCAAAGCAGAGAUUCUGUUUCCCUGGCAACCUGUGUGACGUCACGGGCGCUAAAGAACCCUGGACCCGGGCGAGAACUCCGGCAGCAUCCCGGGGAACAGCGGCCUGAGGGAUGCCUCCACCCAGCCCCGCCGCGACCCAUGGAGCUGGCUCUGCUGAGCAACCUGACGACGGCUCCGGGGGCCGGGACAACACCUGCCGGGGCCGAGCUGAGCACUAACCGCAGCUCGGGCGAGCAGGAGGCCGGGGGGAGCCCGCUGCUGCACGGGGUGGCGGUGGCCUGCCAGGCGCUGCUGCUGCUCGCCAUCUUCCUGCUCUCCUGCCUGGGCAACUGCGCCGUCAUCGUGGUGAUCAGCAAGCACCGGCAGCUCCGCACCGUCACCAACGCCUUCAUCCUGUCGCUGUCCCUGGCCGACUUCCUGAGCGCGCUGCUCUGCCAGCCCUUCUCCUUCGUGCUGCUCUUCUCCCGCGGAGGCGCCUGGCCCUUCGGGGAUCGCUUCUGCUUCGCCAACGGCUUCUUCAACUCCUGCUUCGGGAUCGUGUCCACCCUGACCAUGACCCUCAUCUCCCUGGACCGCUACUACGCCAUCGUGCGGCAGCCGCAGAGAGAGAUCGGCCGCACCCGCGCGGUGCAGCUGCUGGCCGCCGCCUGGCUCACCGCCCUGGGCUUCUCCUUCCCUUGGUACCUGCUGGCCAAGGAGCAAUGGGUGGUCCACAAGAAGGGCUACUACCACUGCAUGUACGUGUUCCACUCUGCUGGCUCCAGGCUGGGGGCGGCCUACAGCAUCUCCCUCAUCGUCCUGUGUUACCUCCUGCCCUUCGGCCUCAUGUGUUUCUGCCACUACAACAUCUGUAAGGCGGUGAGGCUGUCGGAGAUUCGCGUCCGCCCGGUGACCACCUACGCCCACCUACUUCGCUUCUACAGCGAGAUGAGAACGGCCACCACGGUGCUCAUCAUGAUCGUCUUCAUCAUCUGCUGCCGGGGGCCCUAUUGCGUCAUGGGCUUGGUGGCAGCCGCCGGGGACUACCCGUUCAUGCCGCUCAUGGAUACGGUGGCCAUAUGGAUGGCCUGGGCCAACGGGGCCAUCAACCCGCUGAUAUAUGCCAUUCGCAACCCUAACAUCUCCAUGCUGCUGGGUCGGAAUCGGGAAGAGGGCUAUAGGACUAGGAACAUUGCGGCCUAUCUGUGCACGCAGGGUCAGAACAGAGAGGUCAGAGGGCGAGCUGACCCCAUCCAUGAUCGAUACAGUAAUCGGCAUGGACAGGGCAGUAGGGUCUCUUCCUCCAGUCCAGCUAACGGUGGCGAUCUGGCUAUGUGGGCCUGUAAGAACCCGACCGUUCUCUUCUGUCGGGAUGGACAAGCCGACACCAUGUCAGAACCAACUGGCAUCAAAUCUGAGACUGCCGAUACCAGCCUAUGAUCGACUGGCUGUUGGUGCCUACUAGUUGGGCGGUGAACUCUGUGAUAUUAACCAGUAUUGGGGCAAAUGAUUUAGAACCCGAAUUGCCAAAAUGUCGCUGUCCAGGACCUACUUUACCUGUGGUAGUGUCUGGAGUAAGAUUGAGGGGUUUACUUAUCUUUCAGACCCAAUUCAGAAUUGGUGACCAUGACCGGGAAGCUGAUGUUAGUCCACAGGACCAAUAUACUCAGCUAUGAUCCAAGCUGUGUCUAACUUGUAUCUCUUAGGGUUUUCUUUGAUUGCCUAUUGAAAGUGCCAUAAAUGUCUGGGCCUGGGGUCCAUCGUGUAGACCCCAAGAACAGACGUUCCCGCUCCAUUCUUUGCUGGUGAAAUGGUUGUACAUGUGAGGUCGUUCUCCAUUAGGGGUGAUCUGAUCUCUGGUACCUUCACCAAGAUCUUGGACGACUGUUAUCUCCCUUUCUUCUCCGUUAGUAAGCAAAGUACCACAUGGGUGGGGAUUGAAGGGGCCUUGAAAAAUUAAGAAAAUUAUAUAUGGCUGCCAAGUUUUAGGCCUCGUUCACAUCUCCGUCAACCAGAUCAAGCUGCAUGCAACAGCUUCCACCAUCUGUCUUAUUGGCUUUAGGGUCCAUUCACACGUCCGUAGAAUGGGUCCGG